GGUGGGGCGUAUCCGUCAACUAUGGCCGGCGUGCAGAAGGCAGGAGGCCACGAAAGAAAUGUGGCAGCGCGUUUCGCUUUAGUACUGACUUAGCCACAACCAGAGAACGGUGGUGGUCCGUGUUUAUAUUGUUAUUUUUCAAUUUUUAAAUGCAUUCAAAAGAAGAAGAAGAAGAGCCGAGCCGGGUUUUGAAUGUUUUUUAUCUCAAUUUAAAAUAGACGAGUCGUGUGAAUUUGUUUUGUUUUUUUUGGGGAAAAUUUGAAUCUUUAAAGAAAUAUUAAAUAAAAUAAAUAAUAGAGAAAUACGGGGGCAAAAAAAGAUAGAAAUUAAUCAAAGAAAGUUUUAAUCUUUUUGAUGCUGCUGCAUUAUAUGUGAAAUGGUGAAGCGCGUCCUCUUCGUGAAGAAGAGAAUUUCAGUUUCUUUCUCGGCAUCGCAUGAAAACGGAUCAACUGCGGUCCACCGCCUACGUAUUUAUCGUGGGUAACCGGAUGCCAUCGGCGGACCCUGUAGACGCGUUACUCUCAUCACCGACACUUUCGGUUUUCCAAUUAAAAGAGAAAAUUUUCCCCCAUCUGCCCCCAAAGGAUACCCAGUUCCAUUAAAUUUUUUUUCAAGUGCCAAUUCAACAGCCUCCUUGGAUUAAUCGAGGCCUGUAAACUAUUCCCCUAAAUAACGAGUUUUUUUCCCGUGUUUUUAAAAAUUCAAAAAAAAAGCGCGAUUUUCGCGCCAAAUUCUGUGCCGGGUAUAUAUAGUGCAUGCCGGGAAGUAGUGCGUAACCAAUCAUGAGCCAUUGGGUCAGUUUCCUUGUGUGGAUUUCCAAAUCAAGACUGAGUCCAUAGUGUUUUUUUUCUCCUUUUCUCUCUCUCUCGCGCAAAAUUUUUUUUUUCGGUGUUUACAUGCAAUUUAAGUGUAAGGGAGUGAGAGUGGUGUGGGUCAAUUAUUCUGACCGAAGUCUAUUUUUCGAUUUCUGGAUUACGAGGUGAAUUAUUUUUUUUUUUGCAACGUUUUGGAUCAAGAAAAAGAAGAGGAUUGUUUAGCAAAAAUAUUUCCAUGAGAAAUAAUUGUGAAAAAAAAAAGUUUAUUUUUUCGAAAUUUUGAAAAAAAAAUUUUUGUCGAUAAAGGCGCUUGGGGCAGAUGCAUGACGGAUCAUGACCGCUGCGUCCGGCCCAACAGGGAUCCUAGCGGGACGCCCUUCUGUUUGUCAGAGCCAGUCGCAAAAUGCCACUGACACUAAGACCAAUAACAACAACAACAACAAUAAUAACAAUAAUAGCAAAAAAUUGGCAAUUCUCAAAAGCGAUAAAAUUAGACACAAUUCGGACCUUUAUGUCAGGACAAGUUGGACCGAUGCAAACGUUGCCUUGGAUCAGCUUGAGAAGGGCAAGGCGGAAGGUGAAAAAUCGAAAAUUUGGUUCCGGGCUUACUUUCAAAAGGAGCUGAGUCAGCUGGGUAGGUUCGAGCACAAGCAUGCGGGCAAGGUCAUUUUUGUCGCGAUUGUGGCGCUGACAGUUUUCUUUGUGGGCAUUAAAUCCAGCCAGAUUCACCACAAGGUCGAGCAACUAUGGAUACCACAGGGUGGAAGAUUGGAAAAGGAAAUGUUGUACGCGGCUGAAAUUCUCGGAGAAGCGACAACGUCGACACAACAGCUGGUUAUUCAAACGCCCCGGGUGCCAGGGGCAAAUGUUUUACAACCUGCGGCCCUGUUAGAACAUUUAGAGGUGCUCCAAGUAGCGACACAAGUCACUGUCGAUAUAUAUGAUAUAACGUGGAAACUGACUGACUUUUGCUACGCCCCAAGUAUACCAAACUUUGAGGAACAUUUCGUCGACGAGUAUUUUUUGUUACAGAUUUUUGAGCGAAUUGUUCCUUGUUCGAUAAUCACACCUCUGGACUGUUUUUGGGAGGGAAGCAAACUUUUAGGACCCACCGAUCCAGUUUCAAUAGGAUUUCCGACAACAAAUGUUCUUAAAUGGACACAUUUGAAUCCUACUCGUUUAUUGAAGGAGAUAAAAAAAAUGAAUGUAGUUUUCGAUUUCGAUACAUUGGAAAUCUACAUGAAAAGGGCGGGCAUUACGUAUGGAUAUCAAGAAAAACCGUGCUUGAAUCCCGAGGACAGCGAAUGUCCUCAAUCGGCGCCAAAUAAAGAAACACUAUUGCCCCCUGAUAUUGGAACGGAAUUGACUGGCGGUUGUUAUGGAUUUGCGGCAAAGCACAUGCACUGGCCAGAGGAAUUGGUCGUCGGUGGGGCGAAGCACAAUAAAACCGGGCACAUCACUAAGGCAGAGGCUUUACAAACAGUCGUUCAAUUGAUGGGCGAAAGAGAAUUCUACGACUACAUGAAUAAUCACGCGAAAGUUCGUCACAUCGAUUGGUCGCAGGAGAAGGCCACAAAGAUCCUCGAAACAUGGCAACGAGCCUUUAGCCAAGUUGUGCAACAACGUCUUCAUCUGAACAUCACCGAGGACUAUAAUCAUUACGCAUUUAGUACAAUCACUCUAAACGAUAUUCUCAAAAAGUACAGUGAAGUCAAUUACACUGCUGUCAUUAUCGGUGGAGCAAUUAUUUUCCUCUAUGUUGGAGUGGUUCUCUAUCGACGGGGUGAUCCAGUGCGUUCCCAAUCGGGAAUUGGAAUUGGAGGCGUGAUCCUCGUGUACGCUGCCGAAGCAUCGGGUCUGGGUUUUUGCGCCAUCAUUGGAACACCCUUUAAUGCAGUGACAACGCAAACAUUGCCCUUUCUCAAUGUCGUACUUGCUGUUUCGGAUAUUUUCCUCUUAACCCACACUUACAGUGAAUUAUCAAUGACUGGCGUGCAUCGCAGUGAACAAACGGGUGUGAUUCUCAAACGUACCGGACUCGUGGUUUUUCUAACUCGUCUUUGCUCGGGUGUUGCAUUCUUUUCGUCCUGGCUGAUUCCAAUUCCAGCUCUGAGGAUAUUCGCUCUCCAGGCGGGUAUUUUGAAUCUCUUUGGACUGGCGGCGAUAAUGCUCAUCUUCCCGGCAAUGAUGAGUCUCGAUUUACGACGCAGACGUUCCGGACGUUCGGAUAUAUUUUGCUGUUGCGUUCCCUCAGUGUCGACGGAAAUUAAAAUUCACAACAAUAAAUUGUGCAACGUCAAGGCAAAACAGGCUGUGACCAGGGCGAUACCACCAGAACGACGUGAGACUUGUACGCAAAUUUUGACUUCGGACAAUCAACAGAAUGAGUAUUGGGUCGGUGGGAAUGUGGUUGAGGAUGAUAAAUGCUCCGAGGAGGACACCUUAACGGGAUGCUCACAGGAUAAUUGUCUUAGAUUCUCGUUAACGUGUUGGGUUAGAGAGAUCUAUGCUCCAUUCCUCACGAAACCAAUUACGAAAGUAGUGGGAAUGGUUCUUCUCGGUCUGAUCCUAACGGUGAGUCUUUGGCAAGCGACGAGAGUUAAGGAUGGCUUGGAUCUCGCUGAUAUUGCGCCGCAAAAUUCCGACGAACACGCAUUUCUCACGGCUCAAACAAAACACUUUGGUUUCUACAGUAUGUUUGCUGUUACCGGCAGCGAUAUCGAGUAUCCGUACAAACAAAAAUUACUCCAAGAUUAUCACGAUGCGUUCAUACGAGUGAAGAAUAUCAUCAAAAACGACAAUGGUGGUCUACCGGAAUUUUGGCUCAGUCUCUUCAGAAAAUGGCUUCAAGGUCUGCAAGCAGCCUUUGACAAGGACUACAAGAAAGGUUACGUGAACGUCGAGGGAUGGAAUAAGAACGCAUCACACGAUACAAUAAUGGCUUAUAAACUCCUCGUUCAAACCGGCCACGUUGGUAAUCCCAUUGAUAAAUCGUUGAUAAAUCAAGUCCGUCUAGUUAGCUCCGAAGGGAUAAUAAAUCCCAGAGGAUUUUACAAUUACCUCAGUGCUUGGGCUUCGAACGAUGCUCUCGCUUAUGGCGCUUCUCAAGCCAAUAUUCGACCAAUGCCAAGGGAAUGGUUCUUCAGUAUCGAUCAUGAAUUGAAAAUUCCCAAAAGUAUGUCAAUUGUUUACGCUCAAAUGCCCUUCUAUCUGCACAAACUCACCGACACUGUUGAAAUCACACAAAUGAUACACAGUGUGAGAAAAAUAUCAAAACGCUUCGAGGAACGUGGUCUACCAAAUUUCCCCUCUGGAAUUCCAUUUUUGUUUUGGGAACAAUAUAUGGACUUGAGAGCGUGUCUAGCCUACGCCCUAGGCGCAGCUUUAUUCGUAAUUACCAUAAUUACAUCAAUUCUCCUAAUGAAUCUCUGGGCGGUUGUACUUGUGCAAUUUUACCUGGCCGGAGUUGUUAUUCAACUCCUCGGCAUCAUGGGACUAUUUAACAUAAAUCUAAGUGCCGUACCAGCUGUUCUUUUAAUAGUAAGCGUUGGUAUUUCAAUUCCAUUUGUUGUUCAUUUCUGUUUGGGUUUUGUGACAAGUAUCGGUGGUCGUGAUAGACGAACAAAACUUGCGCUGGAAUAUUCAUUUGCACCGGUAUUACACGGCGGUAUGACGACACUAUUAUCAGUGAUGAUGUUGGCCUUCUCUGAAUUUGACUUUGUUGUGCGUUAUUUCUUUUUGAUAUUAUUCAGUGCCGUUAUUGUCGGUAUGGUGAAUGGUUUCUUUUUCUUUCCAAUUUUACUCUCAUUAAUUGGACCGCAGGCGGAGAUAAUUCCAAAUGAACAUCCCGAGAGGAUAUCGACGCCAACGCCACCAGCGACGCCAAUCAUUAGAAGAAUUAAAGCACCGUCUGCACCAAGGCGUCCACAUAAAAUUGAGAAUACAAGGGUGCAUAAUGAACCUUCAUUGACGACAAUCACGGAGGAACCAAAUUCAUGGCACAGUACACAGGAGUCGUGUAAUAUUAUCGUUCAACCUGAAGUUACAGUUGAGACAACGACGUCGUCGAUAUGCAAUAAUCAGAACUGUAGCGGAUCUGAUCCGAAUGGAUCUAAUACGUCAUCUAUGCCAUCAACGUCACAUAUCACAACUAAAGUCACAGCCACUGCCAACAUCAAAGUUGAACUUCACACCAUUGUAGGUGGAAUUGAUCGUGGAGACAAGUGUCGACACUCAAGUUCCAGCCGAAGGGGCGCUCGCUUUACUACGAAUCUUACUGCGGAAUCUUCCAGUUCAAGUUCCGAGCAUGAUUCUGACUUUAGCUCAAACAAUAAACACUAGAAACGACCGGCAGCUACUGCUCAAGUACCACGCAAAGCGAGAACACACAGAAGGCUGAUUAGGUUAGAUUUUUAAUAAUUAUAAUUAUAAAUAAUACUAAAUAAUCACUUUAUAAGUAAUUCGACGAAAUUUCGCUUUGUUCUAUUUUAUAGUUCGAAGCGAAAAUAAAAAAGUAUUAUUUCAAUGAAAGAAAGGAAAAAUUUCUUUCUUUCUUUCUUUCUCACAGUAAAAAAUAUGGGUGUUGUUCUAUUCUUGAGAAAGAAUUUUUAUCAAAAAAGCUUGCUUCUUCUUUGAACAAUUUUUUUAAUAAAAAUAAAUUUUUUUUUUAAAUGAUAAACUUAAAAAUACUUGCAAAAAACAACUUUUGCAAAAGAAACACUUUUGUAAUAAAACACAUUAAAAAAAAAAUUUUUUCAUACAGUGAAAGUGUUAAUCUUUCAAAAAGUAGAAAGUUUAUUAAAAAAAAAAUUAACGUAUUUUUAAAUAAAAGAAAAAAAAAGUUUUUCUUGUUAGACAAAAUGAAGCUUUAAAAAAAAUAAUGUUUCAAAAAGAAAGUACACUUUUUGAAGCUAUUUUGUUUAUUUUAUCAACUAAAGUAACAAAAACUCAAAUAAUUGUAUCGAAAUUUAAUAAUUUUCUGGAAAUGCUAGAAAAGCGUCGUUAUAUUCUUCGAUUGUUGGAAGAUGUGAGAUCAGCUGUUCAUAUUGACGGCGGCCAUUUUAUGCGCACGACCAUCACGUGACGAAAAAAAUACGCAAUUCUCUCUCUCGUCACGUGAUUUUAAUUUUAUUUCAAAAAUGUUUAUUUUUUUCGACAAAAAAAAGAAUAAAAAUUGUUUCUUUCAAAUUUUUUUUUAAUUUAAAAAAAUUUAAUUUUAAAUAAAAAAAAUAAUUAAAAAAUUGUAAAAAAGAAGAUAAAUUUUAAAAAACUGUUUCUUGAAGAAAAUUUUUUUUGAAUUUUUUAAUUUAGAAGAAAAAAAGUUUUUUCUUCGCAUUAACAAGAAUUUGAAGUAUAUUGCUAAUUUUUAAAUUCUGUAAAAUUAGUUUUUUUUUCGUAAAUAAAUGAACGUUUUUUUUCAUUCUUUUCUGUAAAUUUCUGAAUCUUAAAGAUAGUUUUAUGUCAACGAAGGCCUUGUGAGGUUGAGAAAUGUAAAUAUAUAUUUUAAAAUUUAGAAAGAGGUGCGAAACUAGUAAAAAAAAAUUUUUUUGUUACCAAUGGCAGUAUCGAGUUUCUUUUCAAGGACUUCAGGGUAGAAUAUAGAAAUUUGUUAAAAAAAAAUAUUUUCAAACUUAAAACCGAUUAAAAAAAAAUUUUUUUUUUUUUUUUUUUCAUUUUCUUGAAUAACAUUUUUUUCUAACAAUUAAAAGAAAACGAAAAUCUAAA